AUGAUCAAUAUUGAAGAAGUUGGCAUUUGUGCUAUUGUUUUAAUUGUCAUAGUUGGGAUUAUUCUUUUACUUACUCAGUAUUAUUCAACAAAAACACCUCAUAGAGUUUCUGUAUUUAACUGGUUUUGGAAUAGACAGUCAUAUAUACCAAGUGAACCAUAUUCAACACAACUCAGAAGGUAUCCAUCAGAUCUUGAUAGAAGUGUCAGUAUUAGUACGAACAAUCUUUAUAAUGACUACAACAAAUAUGCCCCUCAAGUCACAAGAGAAACAAUUCCAAUUAGAAGAGAUAGUGAUUACCAAAUAAGGUCUAUAGAAAACGACAUGAGAACAAGACAAUUUUCAAAUGAAAAUUUGAUAGAUAUUGAUAGUGAAGAUCAAAUGGAAGAAACUUCUGUCUAUCACACCUUUAAUCCAGAAUAUCAACACCAGGAAGACUGGGUUUCAAUUAAUCAAGAUAUUGAUAAUCCACAAUCUAGAAUGGACAGAAGUGAGAUUUCAGGAUUCCUUUAUUCAAAUGGUCAAAAACAAAGCAAAUAUGAUACUAUACUUGAAGAUGGAUUUACUAUAAACAACCAAAACACAAGACCUCAUCAAAAUUCAUACCACCAAGAGUACCAACAACCAUAUUCUGGAUAUUCUUAUUUCCCUCAUUAA